AUGUCGAAAGGCAAAGACAGUCCCGCUAAGGACGGCAAGAGAAAGUCCAAAUUCUCCGAUGCUGCGGACUCGCCCAAGAAGUCCAAGAAGGCCUCUACCUCGGCCAAUGCAGCCGCUUCUUCCUCUACCAGCAAGGCUGGCUCAGGCCAGGCGACGCUGAGCGUCAAAGGCUCAGGGAGCAGCUUCAAGCAAUUGAGUAAGUCUGGCGCCGCUUUUGCUUCCUUUGCAGACUACAACCCUGCACCUUCGACCAAGUUUAGCAUAUACCGCGCCGACGGUCUGCCCGACGAGACCGGCGCAUCGACCAACGACACCGACGAGAGGCUUCUUCUCGCAGGCGAGACCGACACGAUGGCCUAUGUCGGCAACAAUUUCGAGUUCGGCAGCAGCUCCGAGGCGCGAGGCUACACCGGUCACUAUAUGGUGGGUGUCUAUGACCCUUCGAGCAGCUCCGUGACCCUUCGCGCCGUGCCUACGUUCCAAGUUGCACGAUCGAUCAAGGCCAACAGCUCGCUCUCUUCCAUCUCUAGUAAGCGCACAUUCGCCGACUACGGCGAGAUGACGGCAGCACGUAGGGCUCUUGGCGACGCAUUUGGUAAUCGCAAGCAGAAAGCCAACGCGCGCAACCAGGACCGUAUGAAGGUCGACACGGCCAACAUGGAGGUCAUCCUCGACGACUUCACCGGUGGUAUCCAGGACAACUUGGCAUCGCUGCCAUCGCUCGAUGAAGUGCUUGCUUCGUCGACGUCGUCUCGACCCAUGCCGCCGGCCAACUUGGACGCCAAGCAUCCCGCGGAGGCUUACCGCAUCUCCGACCUCAUCCCCAGCGAGAUCUUCAAGUCGCUACCGAUACAGAAGCUCAUCGACAACGUCAGCGACCCGGAGGCGCUCAAGGAGCUUCUCCCCUACUCGAAGGAUUUCCCGGCCUGGAUCUGGUCGCGACUGGUGGACAACCUUCAACGCAGUUCGCACCUUUCCGGUGGCAGCGGUGGUAAGAAGCACACGACGUUCGACGAGGACGAGGACGAAGCUGCAUCUGUCACCAACGCUGAGGAUGUGAUGAUGAUGCCCGCUCUCGGAGCGACCGAAGACAAGGAAGACGCGAAGACCAAGGUGCGCAUCGCAUAUUACAUGUCGUUGCUGUGGUACAUCCAAUCCCGACCGAAAUCCGUCUCGCAGCGGGGCAAGCUGAUCACCGCGCUCAAGCUCGACGGUGAGGACGCCAACAAGCGCAUCGUCAAGGCGAUCCUCGGCACGUUCACCGAGACGCCGGCCAACUCGGACCGAGCAGUCAUGUCGGCGUUUCACCAGACCAAGGUGCUGGCCUACAUGUGCGCGCUCGCGUUGCACCUGGACAACUUCUCGGUGGACCACGACAAGCUGGCGAGGAACUGCAACAUUCCGCCUGCGACGCUCAGGGAGCUGUUCAGGACCCUCGGUUGCACCGCGAGCGUGGUGGGCGGCGAAAAGAGGAUGGUGCUCAAGACGCCUUUUACACUGCCUCAGCCGAGGAAGGGCAAGGCUGGUGGACGCAAGUGA